AUGUUAUUUAUUGGUCCCUCCAGUGAACACCAGACUCAUCGUAUUAAAAGCAGUCUGUCCAAGGCUAUGCUGUCAAUGCCUUCGUACCUACUUGAGCCACUGGAAGAAUCCUCUGAACACGCCCAAUACUUCUUUUCCAUUGAAUGGCUGAAUUUCAUGCUCUCUACUCUCCAUGCCCUUCGAAUCGACAACGUUCUUUGCGUUGGUUCUCCAAGACUCUUUGACUUCCUCAGUGCCUGUGGUAAGAAGACUCAUAAGCCACUCUCUGUGCGCAAGUUCCUACUCGAUCUCGACGUCCGACUGGCGAGUUUCUACCCUCCGUCUCUGUUCGCUCGCUUUAACGCGCUUAACGGUUAUUUCUUCAGUCCGGCAGAAGAGGAGUCCGCCAGAACAUUCAUGCACUCCUGUAAUGGCAACACCUUGAUAUUUUGCGACCCUCCAUUCGGUGUUUUUAUGGAGCCGCUCGUUGAAACCUUGAAUAGAUUAAAAGAAGAAAUUGGGUGUUCCAAUACAUUUAUGAUGGUGACUAUUCCCUACUUUAUUGGGAGAAAGCUGAUUCAGGUUGCACCGCUAAUGAAGAUGCUCGACUAUAAGGUUACCUACGAAAAUCACGUACGAUUUAUGAGUUCAGGACAUGAUGGAAAUAAUUCAAAACGCCGGGUUUCGGUGGUUCGGUUAUUCACAGAUGCUCCUGCACACAAAAUUGUACCUCCCAAAACCAUAGCGGACGAUUAUUGGUUCUGUGAGAGUUGCCAACGGUAUUCGGAUAUAAAGAAUAAGCACUGUAACAUGUGCAACGCUUGCACAACGCCUCACGGCGAAACGUAUGUGCACUGCAAACCCUGCGGCACCUGCCAACCCCCAAGUUAUCAGCACUGCGAUGUGUGUAAUACAUGCUUUCGACCGCAGGAAGGCACAUUUCAUGAGUGUGCAGAGCAAACUUUUACGAGCCAUAGGGAACCGAAACGACGAAAGACUUAUACCUAA